AUGGCUACCAUAAUGCAGCAAAGCCCACAAGAUGCCAGCUAUUUCUGGCGAAGCAGUUCAGACACCUGGACGAGCAAUCACGUAUGGGAACCACAAGAGCGCAGACGAUCCAUGGACGACGAAGAGGAAGUACUCUACGAACUCGACGAAGUCGCCCUAGCACAACUACCACUGCAUCUCCAACACAACAUGCGUCAAAUACAGCUGGAACGAAUACGCAAACUACUGCACGACCGGGAUCCGAAUUCCGGGGUUGACCCCAGACCUGUACACCCUAAUCCCUACGCGCAAACCUGGUUCAAAAACAUGAUGGCUCGACUCUCAGCAGACCAAGAGAUGAAUGAAGUCCACGAAUGGCGCCAGUCGGUACAGCUUGACGGCGAACCAGACGACACUACCUGGCCUCUGGUUCCACGACAGUGGACUGGCAACAGACAGCACUAUGAUCGGAGAACCUGGCACUUUGAUCAUGCGACUUCGGGUGAAAAUAGUUUCAACGCUUAUUCGACAGGCAGCACACGUGUAUGCAGUCUGCAUGGACUGGGGGUCAAUGAGUUUGGAUUCCGCCUAUCCGAGUCUGGUUCACAUGGUAGCAGAGACCAGAAGCAGGAGGUCGGAAAGGUCUCUUCGAAGCCUCGGAAGAGGAAUUUGUCUCUUAUUACGCAUAUGCGGGCUCAUGUGCGUUUUCGGGUACGCAAGAGUGUUCAGAAGCUAAGCAAGCUCCUGAAGAAGUGAUCUGGUUAUUCAACGUCGGGUUUGUGUCGUUGAAUCAUUUGAACAUUUGGGGAAACGAGUAAAAAGUUUGGGGUUGUUUUUCCUAGGAGUUUGGCGAUACGGUGCAAAGGGAAUACCUGGAUAGCGGGCGUUAUAAAGCAUCUGUGCAAGAUGAGCUUUUUUUUAUUUUUUGAAUGAUAUGAAUUACUCUUUAAGACCCAAAGGAAGAGAGGGC